AGCGUGAGCCAAGCAGACAAUAGUACAGGGCACAGCUAAAUGCUCUCUCUGUCUCUUUCUUUCUAGUGGGUCUUCAUUUUUGUGACAAUGCCAGAUGAAACUGAAACAUGUGAGGGAUAUUACACUGCUGAUGGUGAGCUGAAAGAAGAAUUUGUCUGUCCAAAGGAGGAGGAGAGCCCAGAACUUUCAUACUGUUGUGGGUUUGCUGACUUCAAAUACUGCUGCAGUGAACCAGGCAAUUAUUUUCCUUAUGAACAUGGGUACAUGUGGACUCUGAGCAUAGGUGCAUUAAUUGGAUUGGGUAUUGCAGCGCUUGUCCUCUUGGCAUUUAUCAUCAGUGUGUGUGUUCUCUGCUAUCUGUUUUUCUACACAAAACCUCAGAGAUUAGAUUCUGGGCUUAAGCUAAGCACUAUCCAUAACACUGUGACUUCAGAUAUAUCAACAUUAAAUGUAAGGAAUAAACAACAGGUUGGUAGUAAAGGAAGAAACCCUCUACUGGGACAAGAGUCAGAAGCAACUUCUAUGAAUAUCCAGCGUGAAACAUUGUUGGCAUCUGAGACGCAAGUGGAAGUUACAAGUGUCUAG